UCACCUAGCUUUGGUGCCAAGCAACGAAGAGAGGGCGAACCAGAGUUUCGAGGGAGACGCACGAGAGUGAGGCUAACCCAGCCAUAAUCAUGGCGGCUACUGUAUCUGCCUGGGCAAAGCCCGGAGCCUGGGCCCUGGAUUCCGAGGAACACGAAGAGGAGCUUCGUCAUCAGAAGGAAGAAGACAACACUGCUGCCUUUCCUUCUCUUGCCGCUGCCGCUGCAACUAAAUCCAAGAAGAAGAAAGGCCAGACCCUCUCCUUGGCUGAGUUCUUCUAUGGAGGCGCUAAACCGGCCCAGACCUCUCAAUCCGAUGUCUUAACGCAUGAAGAUCUCAUGAUGCUGCCAACAGGUCCUCGCCAGCGAACAGCCGAGGAGCUUGACCGUGACAGGAGUCGACUCGGCGGUGGUUUUAGGUCAUAUGGUUCGUAUGACCGGCCUAAUAGGAAUUCCGGCGGCGAUGAUUCCUCCAAUUCUCGAUGGGGUUCUUCUAGGGUUUCUGAUGAGCCAAGGCGGAACGGUUCGUUUGGUAGGGAAGCAAAUCGGGAUAUGGCCCCCUCGCGAGCCGAUGAAAUAGAUAAUUGGGCUGCUGCGAAAAAAACUACCGUAGGAAACGGAUUCGAGAGGAGGGAAAGGGAUAGAGGACGAUAUUUUGAUUCUCCUUCCAGAGCCGACGAAUCGGACAGUUGGGCAUCGAAGAAGAACUUUGUGCCAUCAGAGGGACGGAGGUUUGGUUCUAAUGGUGGUGGGUUUGAAAGAGAAAGGAAAGUUGGAUUCGGUUCCAGUGGUGGUGCAGAUUCGGAUGAUUGGAACAGGAAGAAGGUGGAAUCCAACGGUGGAAAUGAGAGAAGUGAGUCUGGAAGUGUUAGACCGAGACUUGUUCUGCAACGUCGAUCAAUGACUGUGAACAAUGGAAACCAGGAGGGCUCGGGGACCGUGACCAAGCCCAAAGGCCCAAGUCCUUUCGGAGAGGCAAGGCCAAGGGAGGAGGUUUUAGCGGAGAAAGGGCAGGAUUGGAAGAAGAUUGAUGAACAACUUGAGACAAUGAAGAUUAAGGACACGGUGGAGCAAAAGGAUGGGUUUGGGAAGAGGGGUUUUGGGACUGGCAAUGGCCGUUCUAAUUUGUCAGAUGAUUGUUCUGAGAGAAGUUGGAGGAAGGCUGAAUCUGACAAUAGUCGUCCAAAUAGUGCCGAGAAAGUUGAAAAUGGACAUGUUGAAGAAAGCUGAAGAGCUGUGAAUCACCUUUGCCCCUGCACAUUUUUGGAAGAGUUGGAAAGGUAUGUGGGAAUGUUAGACCUUAGUUUUUCGCCAAAAUUAAGUUGUGUCACCAUGACUUCGGCCUUUUCUUUGUGAGACAGUACUGAAAUGAUAAAAUUUUGUUAGUUAUUAUGAUAACUUAGGUAGUCUUGUAGCUUUUAUGGCUUUUUUGUUAAGUGCAGCAGUAAUUUUUAUUUUCUUUCACCAUUUAAUGUAUAAACUUCUGUUAUGUGCAAAAUCUCAUUGCUGGGUUUUGCAGACGUAGUCUGUGCUGUCGACAAAUUUUCCAGUGCUUUGGCGAGAUUAUUUGUUUGUUGUUUUGUUCUUUUUCAUCAUGUUAGGUUUCCUUGUAUUCCACAAAACUUGGUUAUAGAUGUCAGUAUCAUUUUCAUCA